UUGGCGCCAAGAUGGCGAUGGAGAUGAGGCUUCCCGUUGCUCGCAAGCCCCUUAGCGAGAGUUUGGGCCGCGAUACUAAGAAACACUUGGUGGUUCCGGGGGACACGAUCACCACGGACACGGGAUUCAUGCGGGGCCACGGAACCUACAUGGGGGAGGAGAAGCUCAUUGCAUCUGUGGCCGGCUCCGUGGAGAGGGUAAACAAGUUGAUCUGUGUGAAAGCUUUGAAAACCAGAUAUAACGGUGAAGUAGGAGACAUUGUAGUGGGGAGAAUCACAGAGGUUCAACAGAAGAGGUGGAAGGUGGAGACCAACUCUAGGCUGGAUUCGGUCUUGCUUCUCUCAUCUAUGAACCUUCCCGGAGGAGAGCUGAGGCGGAGGUCUGCGGAAGAUGAGCUGGCGAUGAGAGGGUUCUUGCAGGAAGGGGACCUUAUCAGUGCGGAAGUGCAGGCGGUGUUCUCCGAUGGAGCCGUCUCUCUGCACACGAGGAGUCUGAAAUACGGAAAACUAGGUCAGGGCGUGCUGGUCCAGGUGUCCCCCUCCCUGGUGAAACGGCAGAAGACUCACUUCCAUGACUUGCCGUGUGGCGCGUCGGUGAUCCUGGGCAACAACGGCUUUAUCUGGAUCUACCCCACACCCGAGCACAAAGAAGAGGAUGCGGGGGGCUUCGUCGCCAACCUGGAGCCCGUGUCCCUCACCGACCGGGAGGUGAUCUCCCGGCUCCGGAACUGCAUCGUGUCGCUGGUCACUCAGAGGAUGAUGCUGUACGACACCAGCAUCCUGUACUGCUACGAGGCGUCCCUCCCCCACCAGAUCAAAGACAUCUUAAAGCCAGAAAUAAUGGAGGAAAUAGUGAUGGAAACACGCCAGAGGCUUCUAGAACAGGAGGGAUAAAGAGAGACAUCGGGAGGUCGGGACUGUGCGUAACUGAGCGGAGCAGCUCUUGAAAGCGGAGAAGCUGGUUUGCGGUCCCCACGCGAGGCUCCGCAGAGAACUGUGAAACUCGCCACUUCACGCACACUGGGCUGCGUCUGGCCCGAAGACCUGCUCUCUCCUGUUCUGAGGCAGAGCCUGGGGGGCGUGCCGCCAGCCCCGUGGGUUGCCCGCAGAGUCCGGCACGAGGGCUGGUUUCGAGCCUUUAAAAGCACGUGGUGUUUCAGCCGGGUGGACUCCCAUCCUGGAAUAAUACGGAGGGUCUUCUGUCUUCUACUCACCAUCAAUUCACAAGGCUCAGAGCCCCCCGCGAAGUUGCCCCUAUAAGCAGCAUGGCCUCCCUGACCCCCAGAUUAUCUGUUUUGGCCUCUGUCUCCACCUCUGCAGCACAAGUACGACAUCGAAGACUAUAGUUAGUAAGUUAACACAGCAGUCGAAUAGCAGAAUAAAGCUAACCCAGCAGCCUUUGCUUGGUCGGAAUGUUACUUCCCAUCGCAGGUCCCUUCCAGUGACAGAUGCGAGUAUAUCUAUAGCAGGCUGCCAUGAUCUGUCCUGUCUUUAGGGUGAUUUGUAAGAAGCUGAUUUAUCAAUAAUAGAAUGGAUGCUCCGGGUGCUCUGAGGAGCACGGAAGCAGGAGUGCAGGCAGGAAAAGAAGAGCUGUGUUCGUGCUGUAGUGGAAGCUGUACUGCGUGAACUUUGGAAUCCUGCAGGGUUAACAAGAAGUUGGGAGUUCUCACUGAGGAAUGUAGAACUCCCGGGUGUCCGUUUUCCUAGUGACUAAAGAUGGUACUCCGAUUCAGGUUUGGGGAAACUUUUUUUUUAAAGGCACCCUAUAAAGUGCUAUUUUAUUUCA